CCAACCGGGUUUUGCAGAGCUGAGAUGUGCAGUCUCCAGUUGGUAACGCACAUGCGAAAACUGUUCUGAAGCCACCGGACGCAUCAGCCGAUCCCAGACCAGCCUUGGGUGAGGGCUAUGAUCUCCUCCUGCACGGGUCACCACCCUUAGGUCGCAGCGCUCGCACGUCACGGCAGCUCCAGACCCUGCUGCUACCGGAAAGUUACAGGCACAGGAACCGAGAAGACCAGCGCGGCCCAGGAACCGCGGCUCUUGCCAAAACCCCACAGAUAGUUCUUAAAGAAAACACUACUCUAACCUGAGGUUUACGGUGCAUUUUUAACCAACUAAGUAAGGGAAAGAGAAAGACACUGUCAUCCAGGAAUCCAGCUCUGGAGAAUCGAGGAAAGUUCUUCGCAGGAUGGUCUCCCACUCAGAGCUGAGGGAACUUGUCUGUUCAGCGGACGCAGUAUGCUUUGACGUUGACAGCACCGUCAUCCAAGAAGAAGGGAUUGACGAGCUGGCCAAAUUCUGUGGUGUGGAGGCUGCCGUGUCUGAAAUGACACGGAGAGCCAUGGGAGGGGCCUUGCCUUUCAAAGACGCGCUCACUGAACGCCUGGCAUUAAUCCAGCCCUCCAGGGAGCAGGUGCAAAGGCUCCUAGCUGAGCACCCUCCACACCUGACCCCUGGCAUAAGGGAGCUGGUAAGUCGCCUACAGGAGCGAAAUGUCCAGGUGUUCCUCAUAUCUGGUGGCUUUAGGAGUAUCGUGGAGCAUGUGGCUGCAAAGCUCAAUAUUCCAACAACUAAUGUAUUUGCCAAUAGGCUGAAAUUCUACUUUAAUGGGGAAUAUGCAGGUUUCGAUGAGAUGCAGCCAACAGCCGAGUCUGGUGGGAAAGGAAAGGUUAUUCGAUUUUUAAAGGAAAAAUACCACUUUAAGAAAAUAAUCAUGAUUGGAGAUGGAGCUACGGACAUGGAAGCCUGCCCCCCUGCUGAUGCCUUCAUUGGAUUUGGGGGAAAUGUGACCAGGCAGCAAGUAAAGAACAAUGCCAAGUGGUACAUCACCGACUUCGUUGAGCUGUUGGGAGAACUAGAAGAAUGAUCUCAGCUUGUCACUCACUCAGAACAACUCGUUUCUCAAAGCUACAACAGCGAGGCCCCUGGUGCAGGCCAGGGAUAACUAGCCUUUUCUACUGUAGUUCCAAUAUUAAUAUGACUACUAAUUACCUGGAGAGUUUUAUAUUCUGAAUCCUUUGUGAAUAUUCCUACCUAUAUUUUACCUGGAGCUUUCUGAGGUGCAUAGUAAACUAAAUGCUUUUACUCUUGCGACAUGGAUUCAGUAGCCUUAAGUGAAUAUUGGGUUUCUCUUUGGUAUAAAAAGAAUGUUUGUAUAUCA